CUUUCAAGUCUCGCAUUGAGGCAACAAUCAGUGCGAAAUACACCAUGGAAUCCACCCUCACCCUCAAUCUGCUCGCCGCUAUUAGCGGCGCGCUUACUCACAUCACUGUGUUCCGCCGCGGAGAAUGGGAUGUGGCAUCUCCCUCCGUCUUCGUCUUUUACUCCACUGUCUUCGCCGCAGCAGCCCUGGCAUCUUAUUCGAGCUUCGUCAGCACCCCGCUGUCGGUAAUCGCCCAAAUGGCCGGCUCCCACGUCGCCACGUUGUACACCAGCAUGCUUGUGUACCGUGCAUUCUUCCAUCGGCUUUCAAAGUACCCCGGUCCCUUCCUCGCACGUCUCACCAACUUCUACAUCACGGCAUUGUCCAUUAAGAGGCUGCAUCUCUUCAAAGAGGUGCAGAAACUCCAUGAGCAGUAUGGAGACUAUGUCCGCCUUGGGCCAAGCGAAGUCUCCAUUGCCUCCCCAGAAGCUGUCAAGGCUCUGUAUAGCACCCAGUCCCCUGUCACCAAGGGUCCUUGGUACACACUCCUGGAGCCGCGGGUUCCGCUGUUCAUGGCCCGUGACAAGGAGGAGCACGCACGCCGCCGCAAGGUUUGGGAUCUGGGCUUCACAACGAAAGCAAUCCAGGGGUAUGAUCCUCGCAUCACCAAGGCCAUCAACCAGCUACUGGCCGCCAUCGAUCGCAGCAAGGGACAGUCGUUUGAUGUGUCGCGAUGGUUUUCCUAUUUUGUGUUUGAUGUGAUGGAAGACCUUGCCUUCAAUAAGUCUUCCAACAUGCUGGCUGAAGGGAAGGAGGCUUAUGUCUUCAAAACGAUCCGCACUGACAUGUUCAACAUCGCCCUCUUCACUCACAUGCCCUGGCUGCUGCCCUUCCUCAAGCGCACCCCAGUGCUGAACUGGAACUACUACGAGUUCCUAGGCUGGAUUCAGAAAUUGGUUGACGAGCGCAAGGAGAAAGAACCUGAUCAGCCAGACAUCUUCUCCUCGAUCCUUGCGGCCUACAACAAAGGACCGAAAACCAAGCGUGACCAGCUGAACCUCCACGGCGAUGCCCAAUUGAUUGUCAUUGCGGGCAGUGACAGUGUGGCAGCCGCCCUGACGCAUAUCUUUUUCCACUUGGCGUGGGAUCCGGCCCUGACCCAGCGGCUCCAAGCGGAGUUCGACGCCCUCCCGGAUAUCUCGCACGACAAUCUCAUGACGGUUCCCCUGCUCGACGCCGUCAUCAACGAAGCCAUGCGGCUGGACCCCCCUGUCCCGUCGGGCACGCAGCGAGUGACACCCCCGGAAGGGCUGUGGAUCGGCGACAACUUUGUGCCCGGAAACACCAUCGUUCAGGUGCCAAGCUACACCGUCUUCAGGGAUGAGCGGGCGUUCGCCUACCCCACGGAGUUCAUCCCGGAGCGGUGGACCACCCGACCUGAGCUGGUCAGGGAUAAAUCGGUUUACAUUCCCUUCAACACAGGACCGUAUGCGUGUGUCGGCAAACGGUUGGCCAUGCUGGAGCUGAGGCGUGUGGUGGGUGAGAUCCUGCUGCGGUACGAUCUGACCAUCGCUCCCGGCCAGACCAAGCAGGGAUUCCUGGAUGGGAAACAGGAUACGUUCACCACGGUGUCGGCUCCACUCCCCAUUAUCUUUUCGGAGAGGGCGCCGCAUGCAGUGUGACCUCGUUCAGGGGUACCAUUCAGGGGCUGCAGGGAUGGGUCGGGGUUAGGGUUUGAUUUCGUGGUUUCUUCAAGGGGCGGCCAAGUCAACAAUGUGGAAUUCUAUCUGCGCUAGUUUCAUCACCACCAGUUUCCAGUCAUAAUCGUGUUCAAUUGCAAUGUCCCAA